AUGCGACCUGUGAGAGCCGAGAAUGCUCGGAUGGACCCGGUUGCACUUGUAGACAACGAGGGAUUUGAUGCCCUGUUCGAGGAAAUGGUCACCCCCAUUCCGUUAAACAGGCAACAGCCUCUUUUCGCUCAAAAUUUCGGCUUCUACGCUGGGAAUUUGGUUCGAGACUUCUUGAAGCAACUUCAAUCAUAA